GGUCCGCGGUGCCCGCGGCCACGUUCCUGGAUGCCGGCGCGGCAUGCCGUGCGUCUCCCUCCUGACCCGAAACAGAGCCAGCGUCUCCUCUCUCGCCUUCGAGCUGCUCCUCUCGCUCCUGGAAUGAAAACUGCAGGAAACUUGACAAGGACUGUGAAUUUCUAGGAUCUUGAGACAUCACCAGAGAACAGUGCACAAUGUCAACUGCAGGAGUUGCUGCCCAGGAGAUGAGAGUCCCAUUAAAAACCGGAUUUCUUCACACUGGUCCAGGCAUGGGGAGUCUGAAAACCUGCUGGGGUAGCCACAGUGGAUUUGAAAAUAGUUUCUUUAAUGUGGACCCUAUAGCAGUGGCAUAUAAUCUGAAUACAUCAACAGAGCAACAUUUAACAUCCAUUGGGCACUCUUCCAACCAUGCUUCCGUGAAGGACCACAGCUUUGCUGAAAGUUGCAUCCAAGUCCCAUCUCAGAAAUCCAGUCCACCUCCUGUAAGUCCCAAAAAUGAACAGCCUAUUUCAAGACAUGAAGACCAUCUUGUUCCUGGCUUUAGUAAACUGUCCUUAACCAUGGGUUGUGUUUCUGAAGAAACACCUGCUGCCAUGCCAAUAAAAAAUGGGCCAAAUCAAUUUUUGUCUGCGUGUUCUAAUGACCGUAGCUCCAGGCCGCUACCCCCGCUGCCUAUUUCUGAAGGCCCUGCUCCAGAUGAGGUUGACAAAGAGGUGGAAUUCCUGACUAGCUCAGAUACUGACUUCUUGUUAGAAGAUUAUGAACUUCCUCCUUUUAAAUCCAGUGCUCCAAGCCGGCGGAGCUUUAGAGGCUGUGGCCAAAUCAACUAUGCGUAUUUUGAUACUCCAACGGGACCAAACCCAGAAGAUGCCAACCCUACACAAAGCCUAAAUGGAUACAUAUCCAGUAUUUAUCCUCCUCCACAGCAGCUGCAUCGACGUUUGCGAAGGUCCCAUUCCGGGCCAGCUGGGUCUCUUAAUAAACCAGUAGUAAGACUAUCUGGACAUUUAAACAGGUCUUCUCCAAACUCUGAUGAAGAUAAACCAGAGAUUCCACCAAGGGUUCCCAUACCUCCAAGGGCUCUCAAACCAGAUUACAGAAGGUGGUCAGCAGAAGUUGCUUCUAGUGCGUACAGUGAUGAAGACAGGCCUCCAAAAGUGCCCCCAAGAGAACCUUUGUCACGCAGCAAUUCCCGUACACCAAGUCCCAAAAGCCUGCCAUCAUACCUCAAUGGGGUUAUGCCCCCCACCCAGAGUUUUGCACCUGAUCCUAAGUAUGUCAGCAGCAAAGCUCUACAAAGACAAAAUAGUGAAGGAUCUUCCAACAGGGUCCCUUGCAUUCUUCCGAUUAUUGAAAACGGUAAGAAGGCCAGUUCAACGCACUACUAUCUGCUGCCUGAAAGGCCUCCAUAUUUGGACAAGUAUGAGAAAUUCUUCAGAGAAGCAGAAGAAAGUAGCUCUAACACAGAGGUUCAGUCCUGGUCUGGUGACUGCACAGCUACUUCAGCCCCAACAAAACUGGACUCAAAACCCAGAAUGGACAUAGCUGGUCAUAUGAAACGAAAACACCUGUCUUACGUGGUUUCCCCUUAGUCUCUGGGAGCAGAGUCUCAGCUCAGUUGUUCAGGAUGGAGCUGAACUUUAUCAUGUUACAAAGUUCUUAAGGUUCUCAGAUAAUGAAGCAGGACCAGUUUGUCCUCUGAGAACUGGAAACUGGAUGGUAGAGUCCUCUUAUGCUGCGUAUCUCUGAUUAUGUUUCUUAAGACUGUUUUUUUUGUCUUGGUACGUAUAGCUGAAAACCUAAAAGAUUCCACAGAAACAUACGGAGGGAUAGUAGUCACAGUUGGCCAGUUAUAUGCUACCUAGAUGAACAUAUUUGGUAGUCAUGUUGUAAAAAAACCCCUAGCUUUCCUUACAAGUCACUUAUAAAGCUGACAACAGAGCAGGUAAUGCAGUACAGUUUUUGUAUCAGGCAUUUCCAAAAUUCCUUUCAUAGAGUAACUCUGCCAAGAACAGAAGCUUAGCCUCUCUGACUAGGAUAUGCCAACCUGGUAAGAAGGUAACUGCAAGAUCUGAUAUCCACUUCAAGACUUGGCAAGCAUAUUGGAAGCACAUUUUGAAUGAUGAAUCUAUUUUACAACUUAAUUUGACACUAAUAGACUUUUAAAGUGAGCUGGGUUUUGUGGAUUCUUUCAGCUGCUAGACACACUUGGCUCAAUUUUGCAGUUUUUCCUAGGAGAGACUUGGACCAGCUAUUGCUAAGCCACUGCUGCUGCUCUUUUCCUGAUGGAUCCUAGAAACACAUCAAAGUGUCCUGAAAGUGGCAGAGGAUAUGAGCAGCUAUAUGGUUGCUAUUAAGUAGGCAGUAACUACUACAUGUUCACCUAGAGUCUGAAAUUCUGACUGUAUUAAAUACAGAAACACAGCACAAGCUGGUCUUGUGUCUUUGUUUCUAUUCAGUAUUUUAGGGGGGGAGGAGGGUAUGAGGACAAACCAUUUAUGAACAGUGUAAGUCCCAUCUCGCUGCUUCAGAUGCUGCUUCUUGCUGUUUAAUUUUUCCUCAUUGUGCCUCAGCGAUCCACUGAAGUUCACUGAGGUGCCACAUUUGUGCAUUAGCAGUUUCUCAUGCUCGUUUUGAUUACAUUUAUCCUCUUACAGAUAAGCACAAGAGAAAGGGUGCUCGUUAAUGGAGGUACAGAAGAUGAAUGUGUUCCUCCUAACAGAAAUAAACAAGCUGUUUACAGUUUAAACUGCUG